CCGAAAGAAGGCAAAAAUCAGGAACCAGAGAGUCCUGCUUCCAGUGCAGAAAAGAGUUCGACUCCUGCUGCCCUGCGGCUCAGGAAACUGAGGAGGUGAGGAGGACAUCUCCACUGUGCUGCACUGCGGAAGAGUAAGAAGAAGAACAAGAAGAAGCAGAAAUUCCAUUUCCACAGCGCUUUCCAAAGGAUCCCACAGCAUUUCAUUUACAGGAGACUCGACCUUUCUGCGCCAGUGAGCUUUCACUAAAGAUCGCUGGAUUGCCUCACGUGAGAGAGGAGGACAGUGGGAUGGCGUGGUGGAAGGGUCUGGGAGUGCUCUCCUGCGGUCUGCUCCUGCUCGCUCUCCUGCGCUGUGUCCGGCUGCAGCAGCAGGUGAUCCGUGUCCAGCCGGACAACGUGACGGUGCGAGCCGGGGAGAGGGCGGUGGUGCUCUGCGAGGUGGCCGGGCCCGCGGGGGCCGUGCAGUGGGUGAAGGACGGGCUCCUGCUGGGACCCAAUCGCAGCCUCCCGGGGUUCCCCCGCUACAGCAUGACUGGCGACCCGAGGAGGGGACAGUACCACCUGCAGAUCGGGCAGGCGUCUCUGGAAGACGACUCCCCCUACGAGUGCCAAGUGGGCCGGACUGAGAGCAGCGGCCCCAUCGUCUCCCACACUGUGUGGGUCACAGUGCUGAUUCCCCCGGCGCAGCUUGUCAUCAGCGAGGCCACGGCUCUCCUGGACGUGCCCUGGGUGGCAGGGGAAGAGUACACUGUGACCUGCCGGGCGUCUGACGCCAAGCCCGCCGUCGAAAUCGCCUUCAUCAAAAGUGGGGUCGAGCAGCUUCUGACUGAGUCGAGCUCCACGCCUGGGUCUCAGGACAAGCUGUCCGACACAGAGGCUGUCGUUAAGGUGACGGCGCAGAGCACUGACCACCGGCAGCGGCUGGUGUGCCGGGCGUCGAGUCCGGCCCUGCCCCGGCCACUGGAAACCAGCUUCAUCAUGGCCGUGCUGUUCCCCCCCCAGCCCCCGGUGAUAGAGGGACUGGACAGCGAGGAGGUGAAGGAGGGGGACACACUCAAGCUGGUCUGCACGUCUGGGGGGGGUAACCCCCUGGCUACUCUGCAGUGGACCAAGAACGAGGAAGUGCUGUCCUCCAGCUGGGAAGUGGACUCGGUGUCCAGGAGGGCCAGCAGCCCGCUGUCCCUGAAGGUCGGCCCUGAGGACAACUUGGCGCAGCUGACCUGCGAGAGCACCAACCCAGUGACCCCUGUGCCCCUGCGACACACCAUCAUGCUGCGCGUCGUCUUCCUGCCAUCACAAGUGAAGGUGCUGGGCUCCUUCAGCGCCCCCGAGAGGAAGAACAUCAGCCUGAGCUGCUACACCAGCUCUUCCAACCCACCUGUCCACAUCCGCUGGUGGCUGGGCUCUCGUGAGCUGAACUCCACUGAGGACACCGUCACUGAGGGCGCACAUGGCGGGAUGGUGACCAUGUCCAACGUGACCUACGCCGUGUCCCGGGAGGAGAACGGGCUGCAGCUCACCUGCGAGGCUUUCAACGAGGCUGUGCGAUUUUCCCGGGUCCACUCCGCCCCGCUGCGCGUGUUCUACCCCCCCCAGAAGGUGUGGAUCGAUGCCCCCCCCCAGGGGAAGCGGCUGCGCUCGGGCACCACCGUCCGGCUGAUGUGCUACUGCAGUGGAGGCAACCCACUCGCCCGCCUCACCUGGCUCAAGAACAACAAGCCGGUGCGGGACGUGCCUGCGGCCGUGACGGCGGAGAAGGUGGUGUCCCGGGAGCUGAUCCUGCUGCUGGAGCCCAGCGACAACCAGGCCACCUACAGCUGCAACGCCAGCAACGAAGCCAAGGCGCCCCCGCUGGCCGCCGGCACCAAGCUGCACGUGCAGUUCGCGGCUAUCAGUGUGAAGAUCACCGCGGGGUUGAAGGAGGUGAGGAGGGGCCAGACGUUGACGCUGGUCUGCGUGACGGGCAGCAGCAACCCAGUCACUAACAUCUCCUGGGUCAUGAAUGGGCAGAAGCUGAGGGGGGUCAAUCUGGGUCAGAAGCGAUCCGAGUACGGGGGCGUGUCAGUGAAGAGCCAGCUGUCUGUCAACGUGUCGUCCUUCCACAACACGAAACGGGUGACCUGCCAGGCCUACACCCAGGUGCUGUCUGAGGGUGUCAACACGUUCUACAGGUUCAAUGUGCUCUACCCCCCAGAGUUUGCCCCAGACCAGCCUAAAGUGGUCCAAGCUGUGGAGAAGGGGGUGGCUCUCCUCCCUCUACGAGUGUCAGCCAAUCCCGAGCCCAUCUCCUGUAACUGGACCUAUCGGGGAGAGCACCUGGGGAAAGAAGGAUCCUAUAGGUACCACCUGAAGGAAGGGGGUACCCUUGAGAUCUGGAAUGUGACGCGGGCUGAUGCAGGGCAGUACCGGGUCAUCUGCAGGAACGCUGAAGGGGAGAACUACACCCAGGUCACUCUGGACGUUCAGUAUGCGCCUGCAGUCAGGAGCCUGCUGGACCCCACAGAGGUGGACCUGGGCGGGACUGCGGAGAUGACCUGUACCGCGGACGCCAACCCCGUCACUCCUGGCAUGUUCUCCUGGAAGUGGCUAGGGGAAGAUGAGAGGGAGCUCACCGCGGAAAUGCAGAAGGCUGAGGACGCAACAGGCUGGCUGAUCAUCCCCGGGGCGAAGAAGUCAGACAGCGGGAGCUACCAGUGCUCAGUGGACAACGGUAUAGGGCCCCCUGCCAGUGCGGAGGUCCGACUUGUGGUGCGCUUUAAACCGGAGAUCCAGAAGGGGGCGCAGUGGAGCAAGGUGGCCAGCCGGGGCGAUGGCAGCAGCACGGCGGAGGUGGUGUGCCAGGCAGAGGGCGUCCCGCGAGUGCAGUUCAGCUGGGCCAAAAACGGAGUGCCCCUGGACUUCAACAACCCCAGGUACUCGGAGCAGACGGUCUGGGACAGAGCCGUCCACACCAGCACGGUGACCGUCGUCAACGUGAGCGCCGCGCUGGACUACGCCAUCUUCACCUGCAGCGCCCGCAACGCCCUGGGCCUGGACCAGCUGGACAUCCAGCUCGUCAGCACCAACCGCCCCGACCCGCCCUCGGGGUUUAAGGUUGUCAGCGUGACCCACAAUUCCGUCACCCUGCAGUGGACCGAAGGCUUUGAUGGGGGCCUGGAGCAGAAAUUCCGGGUCAGGUAUCGCUGGGAAGGGGCGACCAGCUUCCUGUACAUCGAUGUCUUCCCGCCGCGUGCCACCUCCUUCACUGUCACCGGCCUGCGCUCCAGUACGCCCUACAACUUCUCCGUCAACGCCAUCAACGCCAUGGGAGAGAGCCUGUACGCGGACAGCGGGGCACUGCUCAAUGUCACUACUAAAGAAAGGCCCAGAACAGAAGUUACCACAACACCGACAAGGGAUCCGCAGCCAACAGAAGCCCCCGGGCAACCACUCUACCUUGUCGUGACCUUGGCGGUGGUGGGUGGUGUGCUGCUGGUGCUGAACUCUGCCCUCGCGGGCUGUCUGAUCCGAAAAUGGCAAAACAGGCGGAGACAAGCAGCAGGUACAGAAGGGAAGAGGAGUGAUGGCGAAGGGUCGACCCUGACUGAGCCCAACCGCUACGAGGGAGGAGAGCAGAUCAACAGCGCCGCCCGCAGGACGCUGCUGCUGGACAGCGGCUCGGAGCCGGGCAGCAGCCUCUACGAGAGCUACGACGGGGACAGCGCCCACCGGUACUACCCGGCCAGUGACUUCCGCCCCUCCCUGUACUCGCACCCGGAGAGCUCCGAGGGGCGCAGUGAGGAUACGCACGGCAUCCUGGCAGACCUGGGGUACCGGCCAGGCCUGGUUGUCCAUGAUUAUGAGGAUGUGAGGGACUGGGGUCUGUAUGAAGAAGUUGGGGUACCCUCGCUGUAUUACCCGAGCCAUGGGGAGAGAUUCCGACCCCUGGGGCCACAGAACAGUGACGCCAAGAGGGCCUAUCAGAGACGAGGGAGGGGGCUGGCCGAACUGGAGGAGCCAAUCAGAACGUACGACACGGUGACAGAGUACCGCCCUGCUGAGUUGCCCUUUGAACUCCGAGGGGAGCUGGUUUGAGCAGAGAGUGGUGUGGGGGGGGGUCACUAAUCAACAAUCCCCCCCCAAACACUAUGCCAGACUCUUCCCUUUUUUUGAAAACGCAGCCUAUUAAUUCCAAAGAAGGACACACCUACAUGAAACCUGCCCUGUUUUCCAUGUUAUACCUUAAAUUUAAAAAUCUAUAAUUAAAACA